UCAGGACUAUUGGUGUUACAACAACUAAGAAUGGCAUUCCGAUACGAGAAUUUUUAUUUGCGCUGGAUACAGGUCAAGUUUUCGGUUUACCUAAAAGAUUUCUUGAUCCACGAAGACCACAACGUGCUCUAACGAAUGAAGACAAGGAAGAAAUGCUGAUACCUUAUGAACCAGCGAUUUCUGAUAAUAAAAAGUUUAUUUUAAGUUAUAACCUACCGAUUUACGGAAUUCGUCAUAUUACAACAUCACCUGCUCUUUUAGAAUCAACCUCACUUGUACUUGCAUAUGGUUUAGAUUUGUGGUUUACGCGAGAAGCACCUUCCAAAACCUUUGAUGUUCUAAGCGAAGACUUUAGCAAGGGAACAUUAUUAGCAACCAUUUUAGGAUUGGUUAUAGGAAUUCUUCUAACAAAACCAUCGGUUCGACGAAAAAAUAUUAAUUCGCGAUGGUAUUAG